AUGUCUGCUGAGGUCCCCGUUGCCAUCGUUGGCAUCGGAUGCAAGUUUCCUGGAGGGUCCGACAACAAAGAUCUGUACUAUGAGUUCUUGAGAAACAAGGGCGAUGGAAUGGUCGAGCCCCCGCCCGAUCGAUGGAUUCACGCCGAGUGGAACGGUGCGCAAGGUGAUGAGCCAGGCAAGUACCACUGCGCCAAGGCUGGCUUCAUCAAUGGUAUCGACCAGUUCGAUCACCUCGAGUUCGGUAUCUCGUCCAAGGAGGCGGCGAUGUUUGACCCUGCUAUUCGCCUCACGCUCGAGGCUUCGCAAGCGGCGCUCCAAGACUCCGGCAUUGACUAUCGCGGCUCGAACACUGGUGUUUUCUUCGGCAACCUGCUCACGACUGCUGACGAGUUGGACGAUGAUCGCUACGAAGUCAACAACUACAACGGUGUCGGACGCGCCGUUUCUAUUCGCGCCAACCGUAUCUCCUUCAACUUUGAUCUGAGGGGCCCGUCGCUCACGGUCGACACGGCCUGCUCUGCCUCUGCAACCGCCAUGCACCUCGCCUUGAGCUCGAUCAGGGCCGGAGAAUGCGACCAGGCACUUGUUGUCGGUGCCAACACCAUCAUCAACCCCGAGCACACCGUCUCCUUUUCCAAGCUCGGUGUCUUGUCCCCGACUGGCUCCUCCAAGUCGUUCGACGCGUCCGCCGACGGUUACGCUCGUGCCGAGGGUAUCGCGGCCGUCCUCAUCAAGCGCCUCGACAAGGCUGUCCCCGACCAGGACCAGAUCUACUCGGUCAUCACAGGCUCUGCCAUCAAUGCGAACGGCAAGGGCAAGUCCCUCACCAUGCCUGAGGGUGAUAUGCAGGCGGAGACCGUCAAGUCCGCCUAUAGGAUCGCGAAGCGUAACCCUGCCGAGGCGUUCUACGUCGAGUUACACGCCACCGGUACCAAGGUCGGUGACCCCAUUGAGGCUAACGCUGCAGGAAAGGUCUUCUCCAAGGGUCGUCCCGAUGACAAACUUCUGAGGCAAGUUUUUACCGCAUGUAUGCGCCCAAAUCGUCCUAACUGUCCAUUUGAUAGGGUUGGAAGCGUGAAGGCUAACAUUGGUCAUGCGGAGGGUUGCUCGUUCAUGGCCUCCCUUGUCAAGGUGUCGAUGAUGAUGCACCACAAGGAGAUUAUUCCCAACAUCCGGUUCAAGAGCGCGAACCCCAAGAUUGACUUCGCCAACGGCAAGAUGAAGGUUCAAACUGAGGUCCGUCGCUUGGUAGAUAUCAGCUGUGGCUGGCGAACUCAUUCCCCCUGUAGCUCGAAAAGAUGA